AGAGCUGACUCUUACCAUUUUUCCUUUAAUUAUCUGCAAAAGAACAAAUGAUUUAGGGUUUGAGCGGGCGAGCAGGCACGGUGCCAAAGCGUUCCUCUUUCCAGAAAAAUUCAGGAAAAAUGCCUACAUUCUUUCCGGAAUUAGUCACUGACAUUCUCCUCCUCCUCCCGGUGAAGUCUCUUCUCCGAUUCAGAUGCCUUUCAACAUCACAUUGCUCCGAAAUUGACAGUGCCGAUUUCGUUAAGAAUCAUCUCAACAUAUCAAUCCAAAAGAAAAUCCGUCAAAAGCUACUCUUCUGCGACUCAGAAUCCAUCACGAAUGGUUUUGCCUUCGAUUUCUACUGUGCUGAUUUUGAUGACGACCUCAAAGCUGCCUUCCUACUCAAAAACCCGUUAAAAUCUCCGCAUCGCUGCACCAUGGUAUGUGCUUCUUACAAUGGUUUGAUUCUCUUGGGUUUUAGAUUUAACAAUCUCGCCUUAUGGAAUCCAUUCACUCGGCGGUAUAGGAGACUACCGCUUUGUCCCGUGAAAACCCUCUCUGGGUUUCAAAAUUUCGUGAAUUUUGGUUUAGGGUAUGAUUCUGCUCUUGAUGACUACAAGGUUGUGACGAUUUCAGAGUUUCAUGACUCCAAUCAUGUUGUUUUCCAAGCAUGGGUUUUUAGCUUGAAAUCAAAUUCUUGGAAAAGGAGUCAAGAUAUGGAAAACAAAUUUACGGCGUUGGUGGGGUGUUUUGCAAAUGGUGCUCUGUACUGGGAAUGUGAUAAUAAGUUUGUUGGUUUUGAUCUCACAAAUGAGGUGUUCUUUGACGUCCCUUUUUUUCCUGGUUGGGACCCUAAAUCUAUCUAUCAUCAUGAUUAUGAUAUCUUGGUAGUUUUUGGAGGUAACCUUUAUGCUUCUAUAAUACGUGAUGAGCAUAAAAGUGUUGAAUUUUACUUGUUUGUGAGUGAUAAGAGCGGAGAAGUUGCUGGUGGUAGUUGGAGGAAAGAAUUCACUUUGGAAGAAGGGGAUCUUUCGCCAUUGGCAUAUUCAAAAGAGGGGGAUAAAAUUCUUUUUAGAAAAGGAAAUGAGAUUUUUUGGUAUAACCUUGAAGAGAAAACAAGACAGAGGGUGGUCGUGGCGAGUCCUGUGAUGACUGAUUUUCUUUGGAUAACUGACAUUUUUGGUAGGCCUGAGGUUCCCGUGUACAAUUACCAUGUUUGCUGUGAAAGUCUUGUUUCUCUUGGCAAUGAUGCUGCAUUUGAUGGGGCACCUUAUUAAGUGAAAUUUUAGAAUGAUUUAGAGAUGUAGAACAAUAUCAAUGGCUGAAAAUGUAGUAAAUCUAGCAUCUUUGAGUGUAGGCCCUUUUUCUAAGUCUUUUUUGGUUACAUGCUCCACUUUAUAUUAGUAAAUCUCUCUUAUAUUUGAUAAAUAUCGCUGCUUUAC